ACUAUUUUUAGUGUUUUCUGAUCUUAGUUAAUCUUUAAUAGUAGUCCUAUGAAACCUUCAAAAGUCGCCCUAUAGCGCCAAUGUUUACUUCUGAUUCACGCCAAAACCAAAUUUUCUCCAUAGACUCAGUACUAAAAUUUUGGCAUCGUUGAACUAUAUUUGGUGACAUUCAGAUUUUCUAAGCUAAAAAAAAAAUCUAAAAUUUAGCGAAUAGUUAAUGAUCUAUAGUGAAUUUGACCUCGCUUAUUUCAAACAUGUCUAAUGAUAAUCAAGAUUCCGCCAGCAAUGACGUCACAAUUUCUCGUGUUGGCAUCAAAUUACCGCCUUUUUGGAAGGCUAAUCCUGCAUUAUGGUUUGUACAGCUCGAGGCACAAUUUGUCUUGGCCGGAAUUACUGCUGAUGAUACCAAAUUUAAUUAUGUUAUUUCUGCAGUUGAUUGUGAUAUUUUAAAUUCUGUUAGUAACAUAAUCUUGAAACCGCCCGAUAAUGAUAAAUAUACUACUUUAAAAAAACGUUUGAUUGAAUUACAUUCCGAAAGUGAGGCUUCAAAAAUUCGUACACUCUUGCAAGGAUUAGAGCUUGGCGACCAGAGGCCAUCUCAAUUGUUAACACGCAUGGAGGCCUUGGCUGGUGAGACUGUUGGUGAACCACUAUUGAAAUCUCUUUGGCUAGGUAGACUUCCAAACGGCACUCAAACGAUCUUAGCUGCUUUGAGAGAAGAUUUGGGUGGUCUGGCAUCCAUCGCAGAUAAAAUUAGUGAUUUGACAUGCCAUUCAAAUAUUAAUACAGUUAAGGUUACAUCUACAACUUCCGACACCCGAGUUACUCAACUUGAGCAGCAAGUAGCUCAACUAACUACAUUGGUUGGCGAGCUCACUUCAACAAUACGCCAAACACGUUCGCCAAGUAGGAAUAGACAGUUUAGCUACGGACGCAGCCCCUCUCGAGACCGGUUCCGGAAAUAUAAAGAACCUUCAAAUGGCAUCUGCUUUUAUCAUACUAAUUUUGGCAAAAAUGCAAAAAAAUGUAAUUUACCUUGCUCUUUCAACUCUAAGGAAAACUAAAUGAGCGAUCGGAACGAGGAAGAUUGGAGGAAAUGUGUACCCCAGAAUGUGUACCAAAAUUCACUUUUCUUAUUGACCAAUCCCAGCCCGCGGAAGAAAGCCGCUACGUAUAUCCAUGUAUAUGAGCAAUGCAAUCGUACAUGUGAUUGGCUAACGUGCCAACGUGAUUGAUUGUGUAUGUUUACAUUUUGGAAAUGAACAGCAAACGUGUGUCAGAUUCUGUCUGGUUAAUCUUUGAAAAUUCACAGGUGGUUUGAGACACAGAAGUGUGAAAGAAUUUAUGAGCAAUUGUUGAUAUAUGUGGGAUAGUAAACAUAAAAAUAUAGUUCUUUUUAUCAUGUACAUAAUGUUAUUCCAUUUACAUUAACUUACAAAUCUUCAGUAACAUGUGAGAUGAUUAUGAUUUAAAGUAUAUUUGUAUGUAUCACCAAAUAAGUAGCAUAUUUAGAUAAAUGAUUUUUUUUAAAUAUAUUUCAAAGAUUUUAUUUUCUAGUAAUUUUUUUUUUCUUUUUUCGUGCAGAACAUGCAAAGAAGGCUUUCUAUCAAUAUCAUGUUUUCACAAGUAUUGAGUCAUAAUUUUUAACAAUGAUUAUCAUGUUCAUAUUUAACUAUCAGAAUUUUAUUGCUGCAGAUAUUCAUAUUUCCUCAAUUUUAAAUACUUUCAUCUCUUUACUUUUUGUUCCCCUUUGUUUCAAUAACACUUAAGCCCAACUAAUGAUUGACAUUCUUAUUAAAUACUAAUUUUACCUAAUUGUUACAUGACAAGUCGUAAUAAGCAUUGCCCUUUUUUUGUUUAUUUAUUUAUUUUGCACUGAAAUGGAAUAUGUAGGGGAAAAAAUACUCAUAUAUUGAACAUAUUCAAAGUGAAAAGGAAAAUUUGUAUUUUAAAAAUAUAAAAUUGGUUGUUUUUUUUACUUCUUAAAAUCAACUACAUAGACUUAGACAUUGAUUUCUAUUUAUAUAGCAAUUUCAGCAGAAUUAGUCAAACAAAUGUCUUUCUCAAACUAUAAUGCCACGACAGUUUGUGCAAUUCUUAAUUGCCAUUCCUUCGAUAUAAAUUAUGAAGAUCAAGCAACUCAUAUAUGUGUGAAUUUUUUAAUUGUUUGUGUGUGAAUUUACAUUGAAAUAUUUUAAUACCAUCUGCUUUUACUUUAUUUCAUAUUAACCAUUUUAAAAUAUAUCCAAAUUUCAAUAAAAGACAUA